CAUGGAUGCUCGACGGCAACAACUUGAUGUUUGAACCCGUCGGUCAGAAGAAGAGUGAGACGCCACGCAGACGCAGUCUACAGCUCUAACGAGUGCAUGUGCUGCAAGUAGCAGAAAUAUAAAUCGAUGCCAUGCAUCUGGACUUCGCAGAGCAGGUGCAAAAGGACACAAGAGCAGGAAUCUCGUAAUUCCAAACUCUUGUUUUUACGUAAAAACCGAGAAUCCUGGCACCGUUACGCCGGAUCAUGAGACGCGAAGUGAGAAGUCCAGACAUCAGAAAGCUUCCGCAGAAGACAGGAGAGGAAAAACAAGAGGACAAGGAAGAAGUCUUGUAUUUAGUAGGAGAAAAUGAAAAUCCGCAACUCAACGACCAUGUUGUGCGACCACUGGCAUCCAUGUGUCCUCCUCGGUUUACUGCGACCACCUCGGGACGAGCCGAGACCUACGGACUCGGUAACCGCAAACGACCCGCUGGUGUAGUUCCCAUAUCAAUAUCAUCGAGGAAUUCUCUUCUUGAGUCAAGAAGUGCAGUACCUCAGGAGCUGCGGGAAGGACAUGAUGUAGCGUUUAUUCGUGGAAGUAGAAGAACUUCGGACGCUCGAAGUGGAGAUGCUAGUGCUAGCAGUACGUAUCAAAAGGAUGAUCACAGAACUAGAGAAACGCGUGGCAAUGCGACUCUAGACGAACAAGAUCGAGGGAACGCAGAAGAACCAAGCUCCGCGCUUUUGCUCCUUCACCAGACGCCAGACAAGCCCAGAAAGUCUUCACACACGAGAGACAAAGAGAAACUCUUUGACGACGAAUACUUCUCUACUACGCCUGCAACAUCUACAACAACAAGGACAGAACAAGGCGCACAACUACGGGCUUCACUACCAUCGGAAAGACUCUUUCUUGCAAGCACGGAGCGUGAAGUUGUGAGCGAGCAAACUGCGCACCUAACCCCAGAACGGCCUCGGGUCGAUGGUGGUGCUGAUGAUCCGUUCUCUUUAUUUCCAAGCAGUACAGAACAGAGGACGACGCCGCACCUCCACCACCAGCGAGAACAACUUCUUACUGAAACUCGAAAAAUAGAGACAAGCGACGCUUAAGGCUACAGCAAAAAUGGAAACCCUAGAAAACCA